AUGAAGGCGGAGGACGUCUUGAAUGCUUUGGAUGAAUUAAGUAAAGAAGAGCUUGCAAGAUUUAAGUGGUUCCUUCAGCAGCCCGAGAGCCUUGAUGGACUUCCAACAAUCAAGAAGAAACAACUGGAAAGUAAAGAAAGCUUUGACAUUGUGGACUUGAUGGUGCACACCUACACACUUCAACAUUGCCUGGAGGUGACCAGCAAGAUUUUAGAGAAACUUAACAGGAAUGACCUGCUGCAGAGAUUGCUUCACUAUAACCAACAAGAAAACAGGAUGUGUUCAUCGCUGUUCAGUAAGGAGAAAGAAACACAACUACAUAAUUUCUUGUCUGGUACUAAAAAUGAGGCCAAACCGAGGAAGAAAGACGAUGAAGUUCAGCAAAUGAUCAACAAGAUUCAGGAGGUCAAAGAGUUGGUGAAGAUCAGUAAAGAUGCUGCAGACAGAGAGAAAGCAGAAGGUGUUCUGAUCUUCACUGCUCUGAAGGAGUCUGCUGACAGAAGACUGAAGGAGCUCAUAAAGGAGAUCAAAGACAAACAGAAAACUACAGAAAAAGAGGCUGAAGACUUCAUCAAAGAUCUGGAACAGGAGAUCUCUAAUUUGAAAAAGAGCAGUUCUGAGAGAGAUUUGCACCAACGUUUCUCCCCCCUGAGAGAUGAUCCAUCCAACAAGAACUGGACAGAAGUCAGAGUCCAUCCACCAUCAUAUGAGGGGACUGUGGAGAGAGCUGUGGCUCAGCUGAAGGAGACUCUAUGGGAAGACAUAAAGAUGCAGUUGGAGCUGAAGAGGGUCCAGCAGUUUGCAGUAGAUGUGACUCUGGAUCGUGAUACAGCUCAUCCAAUACUCAUCUUGUCUGAUGAUAGAAAACAAGUUUACUGUGGGAAUAGAAGAAAGCAUCUUCCAGACAACCCAGAGAGAUUUUCUCUGUUUGCUAAUGUUUUAGGACAGCAGAGUUUCUCUUCAGGCAAGUUUUACUUUGAGGUUCAGGUUAAAGGAAAAACUGACUGGGAUUUAGGAGUGGCCAGAGAGUCUGUUGACAGGAAGGGAGAAAUUGCUCCUUGUAUUGAGGAUGGUUUCUGGGCUAUUGUGUUAAGAAAUGAAAAUGAGUACUCAACAGGGGAAGACACUUCAGUCCUUUUCGAUCUCCAUCCUGGUCCUGAGAAGGUGGGGGUGUUUGUGGAUUAUGAGGAGGGUCUGGUCUCCUUCUAUGAUAUAGAAGCUGCAGCUCUGAUCUACUCCUUUACUGGUUGCUGCUUCACUGAGAAGAUCUACCCAUACUUCAGUCCUUAUCUUGAUAAUGGAGGUACCAACUCUGCUCCUCUGAUCAUCUGUCCUGUUAACCAGGCUGGUCGUUUCUCUGAUGAAGCUCCAUGA